CGUAAAUUGCGAGAUAAAUCAUCAUCAGAGAAGGAAAGAAAGAAAAAGGGAAAAAUCGAAAUCUUAUUGUCCAUAUCUCUCAGUUUGGAUUGGCGUCUCUCUGCAUAUAGCUCUUCGCGGGUUUUGCAAUCGAGAUCCCUCUUCCAACUCCAAUCGAAGCUUUUUGGCUUUGAAUUGAAUUUUGGGUUUCGGUUUCAAAGCCAGCUCCUUUGUCUUCCUCAGAGAGAAAUCAGAGAUGCAGGACCAACUCGUGUGUCAUGGGUGUAGAAAUACAUUGCUCUAUCCUAGAGGAGCUACCAACGUUCGCUGUGCCUUAUGUAACACUAUCAACAUGGUCCCUCUUCAUCCUCCUCCUCCUCCUCCUCAUCAUCAUGCUCAUGCAGGGAUGGACAUGGCUCACAUUGUAUGUGGUGGUUGCCGCACAAUGCUUAUGUAUACCCGUGGGGCAAGCAGCGUUAGAUGCUCUUGCUGUCAGACUGUUAACCUUGUCCCUGCAACCCCACCCGCCAAUCAGCCUGCGCAUGUCAAUUGUGGGAACUGUCGAACAACCCUCAUGUAUCCUUACGGUGCACCAUCUGUUAGAUGCGCUGUUUGCCAGUUCGUUACUAACGUUAAUAUGGGCAAUGGAAGGGUGCCUUUCCCAACUAACCAGCCGAAUGGAACAGCCUCCUCUCCCGGGUCAAUGCCCUCUACAUCCACUCAGUCAACACCACCGUCUCAAACCCAAACAGUCGUCGUAGAAAACCCCAUGUCUGUUAAUGAAAGUGGAAAGUUGGUGAGCAAUGUUGUGGUUGGAGUGACAACAGACAAGAAGAAAUAACCCACGAGAA